GUCUCUCGGCGGCAGCGGCGGCGGCGGCGGCUCGCGCAGCUCGUUGGCUCACUAUAUAAAGGGGAGAAGCGGGCGGACCGGACGGCUGGAGCUGCAGCCGGUGGCGGCAGCGGCGGCGCGGGGAGCGGCGACCGGUGGUGGUUUCCCUCCUUGGCGCGGGGUGGGGAGCGGGCAACGCCCCCCGGACCCCACGAGGGUCGUGGCUUUUUUCUUAAGGGCGAUUCUCGAGGUUUUUUAGCUCCGGGAGGACUGCCCCCCUCCUCCUCCUCCUCCUCUCACCGCUCCCCUCUACUCUUUCAGGAUCCGAUUUUGUUUGAAAUUUUUACCCCCAGUCUUGCGGUGGCUUGGGCCACCCUCCGGGUGUUUUGGUUUUCUUUUUUUCUUUUUUGGUUUUGUUUUUAUCUUGUUUUCUCGGGCUUGCCCCCCUCUUGUUUGUGUUGUGUGUGGAAAUGGCGAACUCGGCAAAUACAAACACCGUGCCUAAAUUGUACAGAUCUGUGAUUGAAGAUGUUAUUAACGAUGUGAGAGACAUCUUUUUGGAUGAUGGAGUUGAUGAGCAAGUUCUGAUGGAACUGAAAACUUUGUGGGAGAAUAAACUAAUGCAGUCUAGGGCAGUCGAUGGAUUUCAUUCAGAAGAGCAACAGCUUUUACUGCAAGUUCAACAACAACAUCAACCUCAGCAACAGCAGCAUCACCACCACCACCACCAUCAGCAAACUCAACCACAGCAGACGGUACCUCAGCAAGCGCAGACCCAGCAGGUCCUUAUUCCUGCCUCACAGCAAGCUGCUGCACCACAAGUUAUAGUUCCUGAUUCUAAGCUGAUACAACAUAUGAAUGCAUCAAACAUGAGCGCUGCUGCUACAGCUGCUACCUUGGCACUCCCUGCAGGCGUGACUCCUGUUCAACAGAUAUUAACAAAUUCAGGCCAGCUUCUUCAAGUAGUCAGAGCAGCCAAUGGUGCCCAGUAUAUCUUCCAGCCUCAGCAGUCAGUGGUUCUCCAACAACAAGUUAUACCACAAAUGCAGCCUGGUGGAGUACAAGCCCCUGUUAUACAACAGGUACUGGCCCCUCUUCCUGGAGGGAUUUCACCACAGACGGGUGUCAUCAUUCAGCCACAGCAAAUCUUAUUUACAGGAAAUAAGACUCAAGUUAUACCUACAACAGUGGCUGCACCAACACCGGCACAGGCACAGAUAACUGCAGCUGGCCAACAGCAACCACAGGCCCAGCCUGCUCAGCCACAAGCUCCAUUGGUGUUACAGGUUGAUGGAACUGGGGAUACGUCAUCUGAAGAAGAUGAAGAUGAAGAAGAAGACUAUGAUGAUGAUGAGGAGGAAGACAAAGAGAAAGAUGGAGCUGAGGAUGGGCAGGUAGAAGAAGAGCCCCUCAACAGUGAAGAUGAUGUGAGUGAUGAGGAAGGACAGGAACUCUUUGAUACAGAAAAUGUUGUUGUAUGCCAAUAUGAUAAGAUACACAGAAGUAAAAACAAAUGGAAAUUUCAUCUCAAGGAUGGCAUUAUGAAUCUUAAUGGAAGAGAUUAUAUAUUUUCCAAAGCCAUUGGAGAUGCAGAAUGGUGAAGAGUUGGUUCUUUUAUUUUAUAAAUAAACAAAAGAAACUUAAAAAAAAAAUUUUAAGUGGACAGUUUGAAACUUGGGACAUAUACCAACCAAAACUUAACUUCUGCAUGUCAGAAAAGUGCAGUAGAAUCAAAGCUACUGGAACAAAGAGACCUUGACAACAUAGACACUACUUCUAACUGGCAAGCCAUGGAACUGUAGCACCUGGGGUUGUUGGGGUGGGGGAGGCUGGGGUUUUGGAAAACCGUAAUUGUUGAUUUUAAAUACAGGUACCUGCCACCAGUAAUUAGCAUGUAAAGCUUUGUCUAUAUUCCUUCCUCCAACUUGGGUUCAAUCAGAAGAUAUUUGUUGGAACGAACUGAAGAAAAUUCCCUUUUGAUAGAUUGACCUGAAACUGCUUAUUGUAUGUGGUUAUAUUUGGUAAAAAUUGCGUGUGAGCUUUUUACAAAAGGGUAAGAAUUAUGGUGUUGAAUUUUAAUUCACUUGUAUAAGGAAACAAUUUAGAACUCUCAUAAUAGGUCUUAAAUAUUUUUACUAGCUAUUCUCCCUCAGUAAUAUAUACCUCUUCCUUCCCUGCUUUAUGAAACAUCUGUUUAAGAGUUAAAGGAAGUAAUCAGUGAUCACAGUUUGGAGACAAAAUUUGACCCAGGAAUGGAUAUUUAUUUUAAUUAGGUUCUCAUUAAAUGUAAUUUAAAGACUUGGGUCUCAUUGAGUUGAGCAGAAUUAAAAUGAUGACUUCGGUUUCCUUCCAGAAAAAUCAUAUUUGUUUUUUUUUGUUGUUUUUUAGUCCCAUACCUUAAAAAGAAACCCCGGAGUGGCUCCUCAGGAAUACAGUUUUAGUUCACAGAGGUACCAUCUAGCUGAAAUUACAUACACAUGAAUAGAUAGAUUUUUUUCCCUGUUGGACUGAAGAAUAUGCUUAUAUGUGUUUAAUCUUUAAGCUAAAUAUUCAGAUAAUACUCUGUAUUGAUUGAAGCAUUCAUUGGGCAGGUGGUGAGGACCUGGAUUUUUCUUAAACGAUUUAGUAACUAUUAAAGUUUCCUGUAUUUACUAGUAAAGAAUUUAAAAACUCUUCUAAUUGGGGAAAAAAAAACACUUUUAAUUGCAACUUUGUAAUUUGAGGGGAAAUUUUGGGGGUUAGAGGGGGAUGGGCCACUAAGUACAUAUUUACCUCUCUUUGAUUUGGUGGCCCUUCCAGGCCAUUGAUAAUGUAUACAUGGGCUCCAGUUUGCACAUCGAGAAGAAAGCAUAGAAAUUUGACUUGUAUAUUAAGAAUAAUAGAAAUUUAAUAUGUAUAUUAAGAAUACACAGCUCUGUAUUCUCUAAGGGGCUCUAAAGAACAAUGUGGCAGUGCUGUGUUCCGUGUGAACUAGUUGCCUGGGAGAACUGUAGGAUCACUUGUCUUCACCUAUAUUUUCUUAUAACUAAUUCUUUUCAUGGUCUAUCUUGGCAAAAUUCACAUGUGGUAAAGUUACUCAUAUAUUGAUUUUUUUUUUUUAAGUCUUCCAUUUUUGUCUUCCUUUUUAUUUGCCUUUAUGUGUUUCUAGAAGUAACAUAGAAACGCUUUACAUUGCAAAGAGAAACUGUGAGCUAUUAUAUGUUUGUUUUUUUAACACAGAUCUUUAAACUUCUCAAAAAGGCAAAUCAAUUUGUGUGUGUGUGUGUGUGCGUGCGUGUGCGUACUUACUUCCCACCCCACAUACCAUCUUGGACCCUUUAACUUAUGUUCUGAACUUUGGUGUAAAUGAUGGUUUCUAGCAUGCUAGUAGUUAGGUUUUAUUUAGAUGCCAUUAACUGGUAAUACGGUUUUAAUUUUUACUCUAUUUAGUUUUUUGGAGGCGAGGUUUAUUUACCCCACUACUCUCAAAGCACACACAGGUUUUUUUCUUUUUGUUAGUGAGACUGGGAGAAGAGAAGGGAGGGGGUGAAAUCACAGAAGUCCUGUUGUUCAUUUGUCCUUCAGUAUAGUUGUUAGUAGGGUUUAUAUUUACCCAAUGAAGAAGUCAAUGACCUGAACUACCUAUAAAAGUUUAGCAGUGCUGCAAUGUUGAUUAAAACCCUUUGGCUAUCGUAGUUCUGCUACUGAACCUUGGAUUACUAUAUGAUGUUCAGCUCAUGUUUUGGGCCCUCUAUGUAGACAAACAUUUGUAUUCAUAGUAGAAUUGUAUACUGGCCUGUUUUUAUAACAUUUUCAAACAUGAACAACCACUGCUUUCAGAAUGACUCACUAGGGCUAUUUUGAAGCAGGAAAUAACCAUUUGUAUUUGCACCUGUAUAUUGCAUAUUAAUUAUGGCAUACUUGGCAAAUGCUUUUCUUUUACCUGUGAAAAUUCUGAAAGCUGGUCCAAACAACACUGCAUACCAAAUUGUGCUCUUAUAUAUUACUGCAUCGUGUUCCUUUUUAAUCAAAUAGAAUGUUUUAGUUUUAUUAUAGUGGCUUGCUAUAAGAAUGCCACUUGCUUCUCUUUUACUGUACUUGAAUUCUUAAUCAUGCUUUUAAUGUAUUUAACAAAUCAUUUCAUUAGGUUCCAUAAAAUGUCAUUCCUUUGAAAAGGCAAGGAUUCCCACUUUCAGAUUUUGAAAAUGAAAAUAACAUGUUACUUUAAAGAGGGAAAGUAGUUCAGACUUGGUAUUAUGAAAAUAAGUAAAGGUUUCAGAAGAAGAUUUGUUUAGAUUUGCACAGAUGGUGAUGGCACCUUUUAUUCCCAAAAAAAAAAAAAAAAGAUUAAUGUUAACAGUGCUAAGGAAAAUUUACACAAAAUUCUAGGUAAAGUGGGGAAAUGUGUGCCUUUCAGUAUAUGUACCCUUUUUUGGUGGUCAUUUGUAUAAUCAGACCAUUUGAAUUGCCUGAGAGCACAUUUAAUUUCUGUAGAGAGCCACAUUUGGCUAAACCAACUCUAAUGUGCAAUUAGUUUCUAGAGUAAAAUGUCUGUUAUAUGAGGGGGAUCUUUAUAUUGGGCUUUUAUAUUUUUUUUAAAUGUUCACAUUUAACAUUUCUUUCUGUUGAUUAAAUGCCAUCAUAUCACAUUUAUAUUGUUGCCUCUUAAAAUCAAAGCCACCUUGAUGUUAUUCUUAGGAAUACAUCAGGAUCUGAGCAUGUGUAUAGUGAUUAAAAUGUGUUCUUGAAGAGCGUAUUCUAAUAGAUUUUCGUUUUAGACAGCAAGAACAUAAAAAUAUAAUAGCUUUUGUAUAAAGAUUUUCUUUUGCUAUAUGAAAAUCAAGGAUUUGGUUUUCUUUUUUCUGGCUUUUAUGGAGGAAUAAAAAGGGUUGACUCCCUCUAAGAGUAAUUUUUGGUUAUCUUAUAGCAAUAAUGUCACCAUUCUUUUCAAAAGGUAAAUAUGCCUUGUACAGGAAUGUAGACAUAAUUUCCUCUUGGGAGUUCCCUUUAUAACUUUGCAUUUUCUUCCACUUGAGAAAAUUCCUAUAUUUUCAGAUUAUUUCAUCUUGGACUUUUUUGAGCUUUUGUGCAAUGGAAUAUUUUAUUGAUCCAUCUUUGUACAUUUUCAUUUUAUCUCAUGUCUGUUUCCCAUCUAUCUGUCCGCUAUUUCAGAUUUUGAAUUCAUUGGUUAAAACAUAGUUGCUUUAAAUAGUUCCUCAUGAGUUUAUGUUAAAUAGUUUUGCAUUUUAAUCUAUUAUGCUAAUGGAAAUUAUUCUCAAGUUUAUAAUUCCCUUUUUAAGCCUGCCUUAGUCUAUCUUUUGUCAUUUUUAUGAUUUAAGGAAGAACUUUAAACACCGAGCUUACUAUUUUUGUUUAUUUUGAGGAACAAGAGAACAAGAACAAGUUCUUCCCUUAAGGGAAGAACUACGUGGAAUUAGUAACUACUAUUUUAGUCAAGGUUCCUUAAAUCAGUCCAGUAUGUGUCAGGGCUACAAUUUUGGGGGAGGGGCUAAUCCUUUUGCUGUUCUGAGCUACUAUUGUCAACUGCUGUUGUACAUACUGUUAUGUGUAAGGGCGUAAAUAUAUUUAUUAUGUUUGUAAAAUUCAUUCUGUACAAUUGCAGAUCAAGGUUGCUCUUCUGUGAUAUACAGGAUAUUAUGUUUUAAAGACCAUCUUGGAAUACAAUUAGAGAACUUAGUAUUUUGAUGUACUAAGACCUAUUUUAAGUUUAAUAUUUUACCUUUGCAAAAACUUUAAUUAAAGAUGUUAUUUAAAAAAGAGUAAUGUUGCUUGCUUUGUUUACUAGUGUAUAAUAUUAUGUAGCCAACUGAAUAAAACUAUACAGUUUAGAAAGGAAAAUACAUUGUUAAGUUCCAUUUAUCAAAAAAAAAGUGUAUCAUUAAGUUCUAUACCUUUAAGUAGAGUGGGAUGACAAUCUGAAUUAUUAAACUGUAUUACAAAUUCAGAGUAGCUUUAAAAAGAAUAGUUGUAUUUUCCAGGCACCAAUAAAAUGUAACUAAAAUUGAUAAAAUUGACAUAUUAAGUAAUUCUCCAAAGAAUAGAUUACUUACGAUAGAAUUAUAUGAGGACAUGUUUUUAAAUUAUUCUGUUUAGCUAAAUCUUUUCUUUAGUUUAGAGUUUGUAAGUAAAUGCAUAACAGGAGAAUUGAAUUAUUGAGGUUUGUAUUACAUAUUAUAUAUAUUUUGUGUUAUUUUAGAAGGUAUUAAAUAAUUAGGCAUUUAAUUUUACAGUUAAUCCAAAUGAAUCCUUAAGAAGCUUGGGGUAGUUUUUGUUUUUGUAUUUUUUAAAUUCUGCUGCUACUUUAGGAAACCAAGUUUUAACAAAACAAUCCUAAUAAAGACAUUUAUUGCCAGCAAAUCUUGUAUUUUUGCAGUUUAAGCUACUAUGUUGAUCUUAACCAUUUUGGCCUCAGUUUCUCCAUCUGUAAAAUGAUGACAAUCUGGUUUUGAAGACUGAGGUAUAGUGCAUGUAAAGCUCUCAGAAUUGUGCUUGGUAACAGCAAGCACUCAGAUGUCACAAAUUACUAAUUUUGUAAUUAUGUACAUUUAAAAUGAUUGGUGGAGCUGAAAAACGUUUUUUUAAUGGUGGCAAAUAGCAAAAGAGAAUGUCAUCUGAUUAAGCUGAGGCAAUGAAAGAUUUGGUUACAACCAAACAAAUUAAGCCUGGGAGGUUGAAUCAGUAAAGCAAGGGCUGUAGCAGAAAGUGCCUGCGGGAAGAAAAGUGAAGGAUAGCUAUAGGGGAUGGUAAUGAAACAUGGUGUGAAGGCUUUAAGCUUUUUUUUUUCUCCCCACAAGUAAACAUCGUCUGAAUUAUAUGUCUAAAAUUGGUUGAAUUUUCCCAAAGCUAAAACUAGUAGAAUUACAACAUUUGUAAAAAUUAUCAAUGGAUUCUUCCCAAUUCAUUUAUGGAGAAAAACAUUGAUAUUGAGAUACCGUUAUAAAAGAUUUUGAAGUUCUUCAUUUUGUUACCUGAGUCUGACCUGAAUCUUCUAGUGAUUGUUGGCAGUCCUACUUCUGGAGGUAAGUGGCCUUUGUGUCAACCCUCCUACUCCUCAGCCAAGGAAGAGGCAGAAAGAAGUAGUUGCUUGCUUUUGUUUGUUUUGAAAUACAAUUUUCUUAGUCUGAGAGGGUAUUGAGCACAAGCAUAUAUUAACUCUCUCAUUCAAUUCACUCUGUAGUGACCUCCCAUGGGCCGGGAACUGUGAUCAGUUCUGGAGGACCAAGAGAUAAGACAGUUGCUGUCUUUGAAAAGCAGUGAUGUUGAGGAGUGCCUGGGUGGCACAGUUGGUUAAGCAUCUGACCAAUGAUAAUCUCAUGGUUUGUGAUUUUGAGCCCUGCUUUGGGCUCUGUGCUGACAGUGCAGAGCCUGCUUGGGAUUCUCUCUCCCUCUUUGCCAGUCCCCUGCUCGCUCGCUCACUCUAUCUCAAAAAUAAACAUUAAAAAAAAAAAAAUGUUGAAUUGUGUGGGUUCUAAUUCUAGUAUAGAUUGGAUUAAAAGCAGUGUGAACUUGGAUAUGUUACCAAACCUGACUACCUCUGGGUUGUUGUGAAGGUGGUGAGAAUAAUGCAUAUGUUGCAUUUAGCACACUCUUUGGCACAUGGUAACUGCUCAGUAAAUGUCUAUAUACCCAUAUAUUUUAGUAAAGAAUAAUGGCCCCAAAGGAGUUCUUAGAUUAGCUAGGUUAAUUGUGUGAGUUUUCCUAAUCUUCCUAUCUUAAUAGAAACAGGUUAACAGCCUGUGACGAUGCCUCUACAAUUGUAUUGAGGGAUCCAGAAGAAUUAAUAUUUGAAUUAUAUUGGGCACUGAGUUUAUCAAUAAGAAAUAGAGAAUUCUAGAAGCAUAACUGUAGUUGUAGCCUUCACAUUAUAAACAAAUUUUGUGUUCUUGAAUCAAGAAUGUUCUGAAUCUUUACUUACCUUCAAACUUCACCUUUCCAAAGGUGGUGGAAUUGAAAUGAUACCAGUUACCUCCUAAGCACUUCUCGAAUAGCCCACUUCCUCAAACACAAGGUUGUAGAAACAAUUCAUUCCUAUUUCUAUUUCCCUAUACAAACCUGGUGCAUCAGUAACUACUGGGAUUUGAAGCUUAGUGUCAUCUGCAUCUGUAUCUUCUUCCCUAGUCUUCUCCAAUAUUAAUAAAUGGCUCUACUGCCUACCAGGUGCUCAAAACAAAACCCAAGAGUCAUCCCUGAAACCUCCACCCCCCCCCUCACUUUAUCACAUCCAAAUCUAUCAGCAAGUUUUGCAGGGUCUACUGUCAAUAUGUACAUGGACCACUUCUAUUUUUGCUGAUUACCUAGUCUAAGUCACCCCUAAGCCAGAAUGUCCUCAACCAGUUUGACAAAGCUUUGUUGUACUUGACCUUUCAUAUGAAGGGAGAAAAAGUGGGUCAGGCUCCCUCAACCAGAUUGCAAAUGUAUCCAUCAGAGACCCCCACCACGGCCUAUCUCUCUGUGAGAGGAUGGGGGCCCCUGCCUGUUAUUCUUUUGCUUGCCUUGACUUUGGUAGAUUUGUCUCACUAAAGCCCAUUGACUCAUACCCAUGUGGAAUUCAUUUAAAGUCCUGAUGCACAAGUGGCAACCACAUAGGGACCCAUCUGGCAACACAAGCAUGCAAAAUUCAAUUCCUAAGCAAGGCAUUUGCAACUGAUUUUGCCCUUUGCCUGCAACACUCUCCCUUUAGAUCUCUUAGAAGAUUUUUUUAAAAAUUUUUAAAAAUUUUCUUUAUUUUUGAGUGGCAGAGAGAGAGCGUGAGUCAUGGAGGGGCAGAGAGAGAGGGAGACAGAAUCCAAAGCAGGCUCCAGGCUCUGAGCUGUCAGCACAGAGCCCGAUGCAGGGCCCAAACUCACCAACCGUGGGGUCAUGACAUGAGCUGAAGUCAGACGCUCAACCAACUGAGCCACCCAGGCGCCCCUCCCUUUAGAUCUUUAUACUCAGAGAAUCAAGAACAUUGAGACCAUUGAGACCUCCUAAUGAUUUGUCUUUUCUUGUGCCAGGUUUGUUCUAACUUUCUUUUAUUAAUACAGACAAUUGAUAUUUUCCAUAUAUAAUGGACUCAUACAAAUUUAUAAGAUACUCCACAAGGGAAAAUGGACACAUAGAACAAAGAAGUCAGUUCUUCAAAGAAGAAAGGCAAAUGUCAAUUAAUUGGCCUUUUUCAUAAUUGAAGGAAUACAAAAUAAGACAAUAAGAAACUAUUUUUUUAUAUCUGUCGAAUGACUAGAAGAUAAAGAAUGACCUGUCAUGGUCAGGGUAUGGGUAAAUGAGCUUUAAGAUAGAUUGCUUGUGGAAGUGUAAAUUGAUACAAACUUUCUGGUGGACAGAGGAAACAAAAACCACAAAUGCUUAGAGUCAGGAAAGGGGGAUGGUGUAGAAAGGUACAGAAGUUUAUCCAAAGAGGCUUGAUUGUAGUGAGCAUGGGAGAAGACAGAUAUUUGGGGGAGGAAAUAAAAAGAUUCAUAUUUGAUAUAUUUUUAAGUGUGCGGUGCCUGUUAAGGCAUCCAGGUUGAGGUAUCAAGAUGUCAAGUUGGACAUAAGCAGAUGAGCUCAGGAAUGUCUGAGCUAAAUAAUAUCUUUGGAAAUUAUUAUCAUGUGGAGAACAUUUAAAGCCGUAGAAAUGAUUCACCUAAGCAAGAGCACAAAGAGAGAUAACAGAGAAAGAAAGAGGGUCCAAGAUCAAUCCUAAAGGCACUCCCAAGGCAGAGAUUGGGAAGAAGAGUAGUUAACAACCGACUACAUAAUUUGCAGAACCUAAUUAAUGCAAAAUGAAAAUGUGGGGCCCUUUGUUCGAAACUUACUAAAAAUUUCAAGACGGUGACAGCAGAGCAUUAAACCAAGAGUGAGGCCCUGUGUGGCUGCACAUGUCACACGCCCUUGAAGCUGUAUCUGAGAAUCAGUGGGGUGAAUGAGGAAGCAAGGCCGGUAAAAUAGGAAGAAAGGGGAGAAGCUGUCAGUAAGAACAGUGUUUUGGUGAGGAUUAGGCCAUCCUACUGCUCUGGCUAUGGUCAUGGUUUCAGGGGUGGGAGUGUGACCUAAGAAGUCAUUCUGUGAACUUUGGGACUCUUGCUUGAAAUACUCAAAAUUUCUCUUGGCAGAUUGGAAUGAGGAAGCACGUAGCUCCAGUUGAACUAGCAGCUAUUCUAUGACCUUGAGGAGAAUCAAGCUUUAUAGACACAAGACACAGAGAGGCAGAGCAGAAGAUGGAAAGAAACAAUAUCCUUAAUGACACAACUCAGUAGGUAAUUUAUUCCAUUUCUAGUUAUCGUAGAUAAUGAUUUUAUAUUUUCUGUUUACCAUUCUUUUUCUUUAUUUCUUCUCCCUCCGCCCCUUGCUUUCCAUUAGCUGUAUACAAUUUUCUGCAUUUUCCCUUGCUGAUUUGCUGGCUUGGUUUAGGCUUAGGUUAUGAGACUGUGUCUUUACUCUCAUGCUUCUUUAGAAUUGCAGGGGCCUGUAUGCAUAUCCGUGGAUACAUAGUGGAAAAUACUAUAGAGUGAAAUAACACAGGCUUUGGAACCAGAUUGAUCUGAAGUCUAGUGCCAGCCAUACCUACAUUCUCUGAGCCUUGAUUCCCUCAUCUGAAAAACGGACAUAAUAAUGGUUAUCUUUCAUCUUUGUUGGGAGGUACAGUAUGUGUAAAGUAUAGGGCACAUGUUAGACUCUGAAAAUAUUUUCUUAUGUUGGUAAAAAGGGCUUUAGGGUUCUUCUGGUUUGAGUUUCAUAUUCUACACUUGAGUCUUUAAAAUGCCAAAAUGUGAUGCAAAGUGGCCGAUGUUGUG